UAUCAGGCGCCUUCCCGCGCAGGAGCUUCCCUGUUCUCCGUGUUCCUCGGAGCUUGCUGUCUCUGCGGCCUUAUUACUAAUUCCCAGCAGGAUUCGAAUUCACUGCCAUGUCUUCUGAAGAAGGGAAGCUCUUCGUCGGCGGGCUCAACUUCAAUACCGAUGAGCAGGCGCUGGAAGACCACUUCAGCAGCUUCGGACCUAUUUCUGAGGUGGUUGUUGUCAAGGACCGGGAAACUCAGCGAUCCCGGGGUUUUGGCUUCAUCACCUUCACCAAUCCAGAGCAUGCCUCAGAUGCCAUGAGAGCCAUGAAUGGAGAGUCCCUGGAUGGUCGCCAGAUCCGUGUGGACCAUGCAGGCAAAUCUGCCCGGGGCACCAGAGGAGGGGGUGCUUUUGGGGCCCAUGGACGUGGUCGGAGCUACUCUAGAGGUGGUGGGGACCAGGGCUAUGGGAGUGGCAGGUAUGACAGUCGACCUGGAGGAUAUGGAUAUGGAUAUGGGCGAUCCAGAGACUAUAGUGGCAGAAGCCAGGGUGGUUAUGACCGCUAUUCAGGAGGGAAUUACAGAGACAAUUACGACAACUGAGGAGCACGUACACAUGACAUACACAAGGAAUGAAUAACACUUCUGGUCCAGGAUCAUCCUUCCAAAUCGCUGUAUAAAGAUUUUUGGAGCUGCGCUGAAACUUCUGUUUUAGUAUAUUGCCUAUUUUUGAAUUGAGCUCCCAAGGUACCUUGUUAAAGACCUUUUAGAAAGCUCCAUGUGUUCAAUUUUUCACCCCAUUUAAAGAAAUUUCUGGGACAUUUGUAGAGUGUGGGGAUUUUUUCUUUCUUAUAAAGUUUUUAGUUUGGACUCUCAGGAUUAUGCUUCUGGCAAAAAGAAAAAAUUGGCCAGACUGAUUUUUUUUUAAUCAACAUGUAUCUAGGGUCAUUUUUAAAACUUGUACACAAUUUUUAUCAUGACUAGAAAAUUUUUGAAUGUACCUGUAAGCAGUCUGCAUCAAAAAUGAUUGCCUAGAGCUGUUUUUUAUUCAAGAUCCACCAUCAUGAUUAUACGAGCUUCUUGAAAAAGUUUGUGAAUGUCAUUUUUUUUAAAUACUGGAAGAAAAAAUAUUCUUUUGUGUCUCAUGUAGUGUUUAGGAUGUCCUUCAGAGCUGAUUAAAAAGAUGAAACCUGAACGCAAA